AUGCGUGCGGAAAUCAUUUUCUGGGUGACGGCUGCCUUUCUAUCUUCACCUCUGAUCUCAUCAUGUGAAUCCAAUCCUCUUUACGUGAUGAUUGCGCCACAGAUUCUGAAGGUGGGCGCAGCGACGAAUGUGUUUGUUGAGAUACAGGACAACAACCAAAAGAAAACAGAAACAGAAGUCACUAUACGAAUACGGAACUUCCCAUCUAGAGACGAAGAUCUCCACGAAACAAAAGUCACGCUAACAAAUGAAAAUAACUUUCAGUCUCUCGCUGAAGUACAGAUACAUGACAGGAAGAACAUUUUUGACAUCGAGUCUAGAGAAAAGCAAUACGUGUAUCUUGAGGCCAGGUUCCCUGACCGAACGCUGGAGAAAAUCGUUUUGGUCACCUUCCAGUCCGGAUACAUAUUUGUGCAGACGGACAAAACCAUUUACACCCCAGACAGUAUUGUCAAAUACAGGAUCUUUUCUCUGGACACCAGCAUAAAGCCGGCCGACAAUCCUGUGAUUGUAGAAGUUGUGACUCCAGAUGGAAUUGUGGUUAAGAAUUUGGAGAUCACUCCUGAUAACGGCAUGAAGACUGGAGAAUACAAAUUAGACAGUCCCAUCAGAAACGGCAUCUGGCAAAUCGCAGUAAAGUUUAAGAACAACCCUCAUCUGAAUUACACGGCACAGUUUGAAGUCAAUGAAUACGUGCUGCCCAGUUUUGAGGUCACGCUGAAUCCAGAAAGUCCUUUUUUCUACAUUGAUGAUGAACAGCUGACGGUUAAAGUCCAGGCGAGGUUUUUGUUUGGGAAGUCAGUUGAAGGAAGCGUUCUUGCGGUGUUUGGCAUUCAAGAAAACCAAAGGAAAAUAAAUCUCCCGGCAUCCCUCCAGAGGUCACCCAUGGUUCGAGGUGAAGGGACAGUGCAGCUGAAAAGAAGUGACAUUUAUCACAUCUACAAAAACAUUGCGGACAUCAACAACAAAAUCUUAUUCGUGUCUGUCAGUGUUAGAUCUGAGUCUGGAAGUGAGACGGUGGAGGCCCAGAGGGGAGGGAUCCAUAUAGCUACAACACCAUAUUCCGUUCAAUUCAUAAGGACCCCAAAGUAUUUUAAACCAGGAAUGCCCUUUGAUUUCACUGUGUAUGUGACGAACCCUGAUAAAACACCAGUAGAGGGUCUUAAAUUGGAGCUUGUGGAACCCGCCGAGCGUAACCUGAAUAAACAAUAUUCAGAGCAGUCCACAGACAGUAAUGGACUGUUCAAGUUCAGCAUCAAUACAGGAAAACAUUCCACCGGAAUAAAAAUCAAAGUGCGGACGAAUGAUUCUAGAAUAAGCCUGAACAGACAGGGAGUGAAUGAGAUGGAGGCUUAUCCCUACAAUUCUAAAGCCGGCUCCAAAAAUUACCUGCACAUUGAUGUAACUAACAGAAUGCUGGAAGUAGGAGAAACGGUCCAGUUCAACCUGCAUCCCGGUGAUCCUGGCGUUGGGAAUCAAGAAUUCACAUACAUGAUCCUCAGCAAAGGACACAUUAUGAGUGUCGGCAGAUACACAAGGUCCGAAAAUUCCCAGAUAGUACAGAAUAUUAAAGUCACUAAAGACAUGGUGCCGUCUUUCCGCUUCGUGGCGUAUUAUCACGUGGGCUCAGAUGAGGUGGUGUCUGACUCCGUCUGGGUUGAUGUGAAGGACAGGUGCAUGGGAACGCUUAAAGUAGAGAAAGACAAUUCAGAACAUUAUCCAUCUGGUCCCAUUACCUUGACCAUCACUGGGGAUCCAGGAGCGAAGGUUGGACUGGUAGCUGUGGAUAAAGGCAUUUAUGUGUUAAACAACAGGAACAGACUCACACAAGCCAAGGUCUGGGAUUACGUGGAGAAAAAUGACAUUGGCUGCACAGCAGGAAGUGGGCAGGACAGCAUGGGUGUGUUUUAUGACGCAGGGCUGCUGUUUCAGUCUGAUACUGCAAAGGGCACCGCAAACAGAAGAGAAUUUUCUUGCCCAUCUGCACCGAAGCGAAGGCGUCGGGAUGUUGACAUACAGACACUUAGAAACACACUUGUGGGACAAUUUAAUGGGACUCUGAAGAAGUGCUGCAUGGAUGGGAUGGUGAAGAAUUUGCUGGACUACACGUGCAAGCAUCGUUCCGAGUAUAUCGAGGACGGUGAAGAAUGCAGGGCAGCUUUCCUGCGAUGCUGCAGCGAGAUGAUCAGAAUGGAAGAAAACGCCAUCGAGGCAGAACUGAUUCUUGCUAGAAGCGACGAUGAUGAUGAGUCAGAAGAGCACUUUGAAGAUUUCACUACACGCACACAUUUCGAUGAGAGCUGGCUUUGGGAUACAAGAGUUUUUCCUAGCUGUUAUGAGACAUCUUCUGUCAGCAUAGAAACACACCUGAAAGACUCAAUAACCACAUGGGUGAUCACUGCUAUAAGCUUGUCUAAAGAUAACGGCAUUUGCGUUGCUACUCCUGAGGAGGCUGUCGUACGGAAAAUCUUCUUCAUUGACCUGAAACUUCCCUACUCGGCCGUCGUCAAAGAGCAAAUCGAAAUCAAAGCUGUUAUUCACAACUCAAUCAAAUCUUCUAAGAAAGAGAAAGUGUACGUGGACCUGCUUCCAAGUGAUCGUAUAUGCAGUGAGGCCACCAAUAAGAGGAAACACCGUAAGACCAUUGAGAUUGAGUCUAUGAAGUCUUAUUCUGUGACCUUUCCAAUCGUUCCUCUGGAUAUUGGACAUUUUGACAUCGAGGUGAGGGCCGUGCUUGUCUCCUGGGGCGCGGUGGACGCAGUUAAGAAGAAGCUUAAAGUGGUGACAAACGGUGUGUUGACCCCAGCAAAUGAAUUCACUCGUGAUCUGGAUCCGGUCCAGCACAGUGGAAAUCAAAUAUUACGGAUUCAGAGCCCUAAACUGAAGGAUCAAAUGCCAAACACAGAUGCUAAGACACACAUCCGUUUAAGAGGCAGUCCGUUAGAUCAGCUGACCGAACAGGCCGUCAGCGGGGAGGAUCUGGGCCGCUUCAUUCAGAAACCAUAUGGAUGUGCCGAGCAGAACAUGUUGAGAUUGGCAUUGCCUGUCAUCGCCACACAUUACUUGGACAAAACCAACCGGUGGAACGAUGUGGGGGUGGACAAACGCACGGAUGCUCUUCAACACAUAUCUACAGGUGUUAUGACGGAACUCAAAUAUCGCAACAGUGAUAAUUCCUUUGGGGUUUUUUCUGGAUCACCUGGCAGUUUGUGGUUAACCGCAUAUGUUGUCAAAAUGUUUUCAAUUGCGACAAAUCUGGUUCCAGUUGACCCGCAGGUGAUAUGUGGUGCCAUUAAAUGGUUAACGUCAAAACAGCUCUGGAAUGGAGCUUUCCAACAGAAUAUGAGAAACGUGCUCUACGAUACAGCUUAUGUUCUUAUGGCUCUCCAGGAGGGGAGGGUGAUUUGCUCUAAAGAUGUACCUAAUCUUGAAUAUUACGAAAAGAGAUCAAUUGCAUAUAUUGAACGUCACAUUUCAUCAGAAAAGGAUCCUUUGGCUGUUGCCAUAUCCUUAUACACGCUGACCAAUGCUGGCAAACACAACAAAGACAUUUUUCAGAAGUAUUUCACCGUGUCUUCAGAUGGAAGUUACUGGGACAUUACGAACAAUCUUCUGUCCAAGCUGGAGGCUACUGGAUAUGCUCUUCUCACGCUGGUGAAGAUAAAAGACUUUGGCGCCGCGGAACCUGUCGUGAGAUGGCUGCAAAAACACCAGAGACACAUGGGAGACUACGGAUCGUCGCAGACAACAGCCGUGGUCUACCAAGCUUUGGCGAAAUACUUUGAGGAGGUGAAACCAGCGGAUUAUUCAGAUCUAGUAGUUACAGUCUCAUCUACAACAAGGCGAUCUACUAUACUGCGAUUUACCAAAGGCACUGAGGGUUUACGCCACUCGGACAAGUUUGACGCCGAUACCGACUUGACAGUGAGCGCGACUGGGACGGGAAAAGGAUCCAUCUCUGUUUUGACGCUUUACUAUGCAAAACCUGGGACGAACAACACAAACUGCAACUUUGAGUUCAACGUGGACUUUCAAAAAGAACAAACACGCUCCUCUGAAGGCCGUACUGAAAGCUACAGGAUCACCAUUGAAAUCAGGUUCCUGUUGACUGAUCGCAAUGCUGGCAUGACCAUUUUGGACAUCGGCUUGAUGACGGGCUUUGAACCAGAUUUCGUUUCGAUGUAUAAGCUAGUGAACGGGGUUGACAGAUACAUUCAGAAAUAUGAAUUUAACAAAGAGCUCUCUGAACAAGGAUCUCUCAUCAUCUACCUGAAUACGGUCCCAAAUGAGAGAAAGGAGAAAAUUGCCUUUACAAUAAACAAAAUGAUUAACGUGGAUUCACCUCAGCCAGCAAGUGUCAGUGUUUAUGAAUAUUAUUCCACCGAAAAGCCAUGUGUGGAGUUUUAUGACACACGGAGAGAAAAGGGUUUGCUGGACACCCUGUGUCACAGUGAGGUGUGCUUGUGUGCCGAGGAAAACUGUGCCAAAGUUAUUAACCAAGAAACUGCAGAUAAACGCCAUAAGGUUGCCUGUGAUGGUCGCACAAAUUACGUCUAUGUAGCAGUCCUGGACAGUGUUAACACAGCCAACAAGACGGACGUCUACAAAUUUCAUAUUACAAACGUUAUUAAGGAGGGGUCAGAGGUGGAUGUACAGGGCAAACGGAGGGAUUUUUCCGCCCAUGUUCGGUGUCGAUCUAAAAUGAAGCUUAAAACAGGGAGCAGGUACCUGAUCAUGGGCCCAGUGCACACGUCACUGGAGCAGAGUUACUGGUACAGUCUUACAGCUCGGACAUGGCUGGAAAAUUGGCCGACUGGUGACGAGAGCCAGGUACAAGAGACGGCACUGACUGAUAAGAUGGCACAUUGUGGAUAACUGAUUACCCUUUGAAAGGGAACGUCAAUGUUAAAAAACAGACCAAAUAAACCCAUUGCC